AUUUUGGAGUCUUUAUGUGUAUGCAGCAUACAUUCUAAUACAAAAUGGUCAAAAAUCUUCGAAAAACUCUACUUUUAAUACCAUGUAAAUUUCUGUUUUAAAAGUUCAUGCAACUAGGAUUUUGGACAAGUUCAGAACCAACUCCAAAAUAAUUAUAUUAUUUUUUAUUUUAUACUGACACACACCGAAAUUCAUUCUAAAAAGUAAAAUUAAUUUUGUCAUCCACGGUACCAGACAUCAUAAAAUCUGAAUUCUGUAUUGCUUGAGAUAAAUGUUUUUCCGUUCUAUGAAUGGAUAUCAUUAGAAAUUCUGUUCUGCUGCCCGAUGAGCUAUUUUGUGCCUUCAGUCGCUGUUUGGGAUAUCAGCAGAACCUGAACGCAGCAGCUACAACCGUAGAUCCUUGCAGAGCCGCCUUACCGGAGACUUGUCCCAGUAGCGACGAAGAUAGCUACGAUCCUUGCCCCACAGUCAAUAGGUUCUCCAUGCCUCAAUAUCGACCCACACUUAAUGGCAGCAGACAGAAUGGGUCAUUAGUGACAGAGAAAGUGAUUGUGCCUUCUUGUAACAAAGUCGACGAUUAUCAAUGUUGCAAUUUGCCGGAAUGCCCCAAUAAUACCCUACCUGCAAUGAGUGCCAACGAUCAGACAUUGCCACAGCAGAUAAACCCACUUGAUUCAUUAUAUCAAUUUCAAUCUCAAAUCGCGCCAUUCCAGCAGUUCCAACGUAAUAUUUCUCGAUCCCAAAGCGCACCUAGACAAAGUGCAAUUAAUAAAUCGAAUAAAUCUGAUACCACAAAUUGUGACUUGAAUGUAACAGGCGGAAGUCCUUAUCCAGAGAGAUAUGUUAUGGAUUUCAGUUCAAGAAAUAACAAUUCUUGCGAUUAUGAAGAUACCUCUGAAGUUGGCAUGAACUAUGGCGAGUUUCAAAGACGUCAAAAGCUGUUGCAAAAAAUUCAGCAGCAGCUGGCACAGCAGCAUAACCAGUCCAAUAAAUCUUUUUUGGAAAGUGACGAAGCUAUUGUAUUUGAACCAGAUCUCAAUAGCACAAUGAUAAAUCAAAGUGACUGUCACCAGCGAUCGGUAGCAAAUUGCCAAAUGCAAGCUCCGCGGCAUCAACGGAUUUCUAAUUGUCAGGUUUCCAGCUCAAGCUGCAAGCCCCAAAUAUUGUCACGAUCAACGUGCGAUCAAACUCCGGAAACGCUACGAAGACAAACGCAGUGUGAAUCACCGCCAAUUCAGGGGCGACAAAUGCAGUACGAAACCGAAAUUAAUAAUACAAGUUAUAUGCUGCCGCCUGAGACUCUAAGAAAUGCUAGAUAUUGCCGACAACCGAAUCAGAAUCUUAGUCAAAAUCAAUGUCAAAAAUCUCAGGAAGCUUACCAUGAUGGCUCUAUAAAUUGGGCACCACGUUGUCAAGAGUCUAUGGGCCAAAGCAAAACAUCUGGCUGCUGUAAUCAAAGAUCAACGCCCUGUGAAAGAAGUAUGGAAGUAUGUCGAGAAAAUACUGCUGCUUCAAGGAAUCAUACGUCUAUGGACAUGUCUCGAACGAUGUCAGAGAGAUCGUGCUUGAAUCAAACUUCAUUGGAUAAAACCAAUCGGAAUUGUUCCUUGGGAGGCCGAUCUAUGCGAGGGCCAAUUAGAACACCUGAGGACCGCCUAGCCGAGCGUAUUCAGGAUGAGUUCCAUGAGACCUUGGUAAAGGAUCGCUUCUGUCCGGGCAUUAUACAAGAUAGUCUGAAUGGACGCGAGAAUUUCAACCAGUACGCUAGGGAGAUCGCUUUUGCAGGACCGAUUCCGUCCAAACCGCUUCCCGUGGAUCCCAUUACAAUGAUAGAAGCCAUUAAGUUGCGAAUCGACUACGAACGUAAGGAGAUCCGGAAAGUAAGGGCUCAGGUUGAGGAGCGAGAAAGCGAAUUGAAACAUCAGUCCAGAGAUGGGAAGUUAUGGCGUCCACGGCCAAUAAUCCCCGAAGACAUUGACCAACACUUUUGUAACAAAAACAAAUCCGAAGUUAAUGAGGGUGUGGCCGCCUUUUUAAAAGCCGAGGCCGAAUUUCGCAGUACCAACUUGGGAGCAGACUCUGCCUUUGAUGCUCAUAUCAAUAGCUUUGAAAGUAAUCUCUUUGAUGAAAAAAUUAAAAUCAAUUCCUACACGGCGACCACAACACCAGCUUAUCGGUAAUUUCCACAAUUUUAUGAGAUUUCUAAUAACAUUUUCCAAUAAAUGUAUUAUUAAUAAAUGAUUGCCUUUUGAAUUGUGGAA